CUUUCUGUGCCCGACUGGAGCCCGGCCAAGGAAGGGAAGGUUGCCAAGUUCAGUCAUGUAGCACCCUGUUCCUCCUCCGCCCGGCAACAGAAGGGUGGGGAAGAGAAGGGCAGGGUGCCUCCGCGCUCGCGAGCACCAUGGGCAAUCCCUACCGCAAGCCAAACCCCCCAAACGCCGGGGCCAGGCCUUUCUGGAGCGUUGGUCAGAGUGAGAAGCCGAAGACAGGUGCCGCCAAGUCCGACAACGACAAGCGACUUAGUGUCCAGUACAAGGUGGGGGCAGAGCGGCCCGACAAUGUCUUCUUCCCCAGCAACCGGCCUCCCCACCUGGAGGAGCUGCAUAUCCAGGCCCAGGCUGGGCUCAAGUCUCUGCAGAGCCAAGAGAAACACAAACAGACCAAACGGGCUUGGGAUCAGAGCGACACCAACAGCAUCCAGUCCUCCCGCUCGUCCACAGAGGGGGAUGACCUCUCGAUCCGAAGCAAGACUCCGUCGUGCACGACAGAGAACUCAGAGGAUGCACUCUCCAUCCGCUCAGAGAUGAUACAGCGGAAAGGCUCCACUUUUCGGCCACAUGAUUCAUUCCCCAAAUCCUCGAUGAAGGGCGAGAAGAGAAGGAGAGAGCGGAGGACGACAGUUCUGGGCCUUCCCCACCAUGUGCAGAAAGAGCUGGGUCUGAGUAAUGGACACAACUCGAAGAAACGUCCAGGCAGCAUUGCCGUCAGAGCGAGCCCCAGCCCCCAGCCCCCGGCAAACAGAGGCGAGGUGUCCGGCAACACGAUCCACAUUCCCACUGUCGACGGAAAAUUAGAGCCCGCCGCUGUCCCUGAAGGCGGCGCCCACAUCUCCCUCCCGGCCUUGGAGCUGGAGGCAGCGGAUGGCGCCCUCCAGCGCCACAUCGACCGCGUCUACUAUGAUGACUCGCUGCUGGGGCGCAAGACGGCGGCCAAGCUGUCCCCCUUGGUCAGGCCCAAGUCUCUGGCCGUUCCCUGGAUGACCACGCAGGCCGGCUCCCCGGAGCUGCUGCGCCCCGUCAUGUCAAUCUCCCCUCAGGGCACCUACCUGUCCAAGAUUAUCCCCAACGCCAUCAUGCCACCCAUGGUGGACGUCAUUGCCCUCUCCCGCAACAGGGUGCGCACCCUCAGCCGUUGCAGCCUGGCGACGGCCAGCCCGGCCUCGGUGCGCUCGCUGGGGCGCUUCUCCUCCGCAUCCCGCAGCCGCGAGCACUCCUCCUCCAGCGACAACUGGAGCCACUCGCAAUCCACCGAGACGAUCGUCUCCAACACAUCCACCAUCUCUUCCCACGGGGGCGCCGACAGCCAGAAGACGAGCGAGGCAGGGCCAGAGAAGCAGGCCCGGACGGCAGCCACGCCCGAUCUCGACCAGCUCAGUGCCUACAGCUCCUUGAGCAGGGCCAGUUCCAACUACGCCAAGGCCGCCCCUGCCUCGCCCAGCCUCCUGGGCGUGCGGCUCCCGGGGAGCAGCGGCCGGGCCUCGCCCGCCUACAGCACCAGCAGCGUGGCGGAUGGCUCGGAUACUACCAGUGUGCGCAGCGACCGCUCCUCCUCCCGCAGCGUCUCCCUCAGGAAGAUGAAGAAGGCUCCCGCUCCACCACGGAGGACCUACUCCCUGUCCCAGAAGGCCCAGGAGCUGGAGGCCAGCGGGGCGCCCAAGGCGAUGGGCCUGCCCCCCAAGCCAGAACGCAGGCCACAGCGGGAGAGCAGCGAGGCGUGGGCUGCGGCGCGGCUAGGAAGCCCCACUGUGGCUGGGGAGGAUGAGGUCUUCUCCCCUGUCGUACAAACCAACCUCUCUCACUGCAGCCCCCUUUCUGCUGAGGGGCAGCAGGAGCCGCCCUCCAAGCAAGGCUCCCCGGACCGCUUCGGCCGCACCAUGUCGCCCUCCAGCGGGUAUUCCAGUCAGAGCGGCACCCCCACCCUCCACACCAAGGGUCUUCUCUCCCACGCCUCGUCCCCCAGAAGCAAGAGGCCGCAACCAAAGAAACCGGAGAGGGUCUGUUCCCUGCAGUCCCCUGGGCUCUCUGUCUCCUCCUCUCUGACGUCCUUAUCCUCCUCUGCCUCGGAUCCUGCCCCUGUGGAGAUGCCCCCCUCCUGCGCUGCUCCCGCUCCAAGUAAGAUGGACAGGUUUGUCAUUCCACCUCACCCCAAGGUCCCGGCUCCUUUCUCCCCACCGCCCUCCAAGCCUCAACAGGCUGAGCCGAACACUGCCGAUAGCCCACCCCGCGCUUCACCCCCCACCGGCAAUACGAAGCCUCCCAUUCUUUCCAAACCCAGCAAUGGAACGCCUCCUCCGUCUCCUCCUCCUGCUUACCACCCUCCGCCGCCCCCUGCGAAGAAGGCUGAUGUGAGUCCUGAAGCGCCAAGCACCUCGGAAACUGAGCCCGAUGCUCCUCAGGAUGCACUGUGGCCCCCACCGCCCCCGCCUGUGCCGGACGAGCACGAUCUCUCCAUGGCGGACUUUCCUCCCCCAGACGAGGCCUACUUCUCCUCGCUGCCUCUCCCAGAAGCACAGGUGGCCACCACGGAAACACCCUCCGUCAAAGCCCCAGAGGCUCCUCCCGCUGUGGAGCCGCCAGCCAGCCAAAGAGCGGCAUCUGCCGAAAAGGGCAAAGAGCCCGCCCCCUCGCCCUCCUUCUCCACUAUGGUCUCCUCCAAGAUCCAGCAGCAGGGACCCCUCGAUGCUGCGUCACUGCCAGCUCCUGCGCUAGAGCCCUCUCCGCCUCCAAAGCUCCCCACCGCGGGGGAAGCAGCCAGAUCUCAGUUCGGCCACCGAAAGGCCACUGCCUCGGUGUCCGCAGCGCCCCAGCCCUCCGGCCUGCAAACCCAGCCAAGCCUUAAGAAGCCAGCUGGCAGCUCCCGCCCAGAUCUCAAGAAGGAGCCCGCUUCUCGGAGUAAGAGCAACCCCACGCCAAAGGAGGACGCCAGCCUGCCGAUUGUCACCCCUUCCCUGCUGCAGAUGGUGCGCCUGCGCUCAAUCAACAUGGAUGCCCACAGUCCCGUGGCAAGCCCGGCCACAGCAAAGCAGCCCGCCGAGCAGAACGGCUUGGGCGCCAGUGUCAAGCUGGCUCAGGCCGCCCCCCAGAAGCCUAUCCGCAAGUCGCUGUCCUUGAAGGGUCCCCCGUCGGCUUCCAAAGAAGCGUCUCCUUCCAACCCGCUGCACAACGCCGUGCACUUGAAGGCCUCCACCUUGUCUUCCAGGGACGCUCCUGGCCUCGGAACGGCGGACAGGAAAGCCAGAAACCGGCUGACCCUGCCAACGCCCUCCAAGGCAGCGACGCCUGCCCCCGGCGAGGCAAAAGAUGGCCAGCUGUCCCCCCUUCACAAAUCCCCAGCCUCUACAGCCAGUUUCAUCUUUUCAAAGAGCUCCAAAAAACUGGUGAUCGAGACCUCGUCAUCGCUAGAGGCCCAAGCCAACCUCAAGAAGAAUCUGGUAGCUGAACUGAUGAACGUCUCUGGCCAGCGGCCUGCAGCUGCUCCGGGGCUGAACCAACAGGGCUCAGGAAAGCCCCAGGCCCAGAAGAAGCCCCAAAAGAUCCCCCCUCCCAUAGCCAAGAAGCCUUCGCUCGCACCAGGGCACCUGCCGUCACCCCAGAGCCCGAAGCCACUGGGAGCGGAGGAGCUGAGCUCCUCCCUGCCAGCAGCUGGGGACAGGACUAAGAGUGCAGGGACUGAGAACCAGGCCUCUCCCGUGGAGGCUGGUCGGAGAAGCCCUCUCGCACAGCCAGAGACGCUGCUGCAGAGCCCCCCAGCACAAGGCAUACGAGAGGAGACGGUGUAAGGGAAAAGCCUGCGUU